CACGUGUUUCAAUAAAAGAAAAAAACGAGAAAGAAGUCCCAGCAUCAAUACGGUAGAAAUCCGUCGUCCUAUCGGACAAGGGAAGUUUCGAAACAACCAGACUGGGGAUUUGGAAGACAAAUGAGUUGAUUUUGAUCUGUUUCCGAGGACACAAUGUAGCAUUAAAUGCAGACACAUGAACACUAAAGAACUCGCUACCAGGGACUCAUGAACCAGGCUCCGCUGCAUGGUUGACAGCAUGGCCUGGAUGUACACGAGUUGGUUUGCACUGAUCGGAGCCUGUCUAUCAACAGUUGGGCUAGUCGGAUUGGGAGCGAUGUUAGCGCUAUGGACCUGCUCUCAUAUCACGCAGAGGUUAUCAAUGCGAUCUACUUGGAGCAAGCUGUAUACCAGCAGGUCAGACCUCGGACAGUCCGGCCCAACCUCGGUCACCAAAGAAGACAUCUGCCGUGUGGACGUGGACGUGGACGUGGACGUGGACGUGGACGUGGACGACAAUGGCUUGAUCACGGAAGAACUGUGUCCUGCGACCGUGACAGCUGGUGUUGGCACCCUCCGACAGGUGGCAGUCUCUAGUCUCCACGACCUACUCCUCGGCCUUGCCACGCUCCGACCCCCGGGGAAAGAAAGGGAGAAUUCAACGCCACCCUCAUCUACUCCCAUCGAGGACACGGACAGGGAUGUCGGUCCCCACACCCAGGAAAAUGUAUCGAUGCCACGCCCGAACACAGAGAGGCGUAUGUCACUCCUCAACAGACACCUACCGGUUUGUGAGACGCUGGACGGAGAAUACGUACCACUCUCAGACAUACCAACCUACAUGGUAACUAGUACUGAAACGAUGAGCAAUCCUGUUGCACCUAUGAUGUCGGCAGAUGUUGCGAAACCUGCACUCUCUGCAGCGUUGUCUCCUCCUUCACGCAUGGACAAUCACUCCGCCCACGUCAACACGACCACAUCUGCAGACACGGACGCCUUCAGGGCAUACGUGAAUCGUCAGGUCGAGGCCAUCUUCCCCAAGGACAGCAUGCGGCGCGAGACCUUCUUAUCCAUCGUUGAGGAGAUCCUGUUCGCCUCCACUGCCCAGCUCGUAACAGACGCCGUCUUCAGGGCGUUCAGGGUCACCCUGGGAGUAAUGCGUCAUUGGGAACUCGAGCAUGCACUUGUGGGUGCCUUUCCAAGAGAGGCUCAAGGCGAGAUCACAUACCAGGUCCAGUUUGUCUUGAAUACCGUCACUUUCACAUGGGACAAACACAAGUAUGGGUCAGAUUUGAUACAGACGAUGUCACAGAUAGCCCACCAUCUCCGGGAACAGGAACGGCAACCGACGUGCUCAGAAUACCUGGCCUACCAGCUGGCAUACUACAAGCUGUCCAAGGGACAUCGUUUGGACUUGUCCGCGCACAUGCCUAUAGGAUCCCCCGGAUUCCGCCCACACACGCAAACAUACAUGUCCUUCACAGAUCCAGGCGAUGGACACGUGUUGGGUACAACUCGUUGUAUGAACUGGAUGCAGGGCGCGGUCAUCAACGUGGAUACCCAGAGUCACCAGCCAGAGGAACACCCUGCUGAUAAACGACCAUCUUUGUUAGAUCUGUCCAAGGUGCGCCUCCACACAGGAUCAGCAGCGCCAACCUCCACAUCUGUGGGAACAGCGGUUCUCUCUGAAUAUGGUGGAUUUGAUGAACAGUUUGGGGAGAUAGUUUAUGUGGUAUCCUCUGAAGCCACAGCGGCCUUCCAUCGGGGAGCUGCCGAGUACAAGGUGACCAUGGACGGACUCAGUACAAGCCAGGUUGUGAGGUACAUGAGAGCUCUAACUUCUAACGUCAGCCGUGAACGCUUCAGUCAGCUUCUUUCCGCUGCGUGGACUCUCAACCAGAUCGUUUUUGACGACUAUGAGCGAGAAAAACCAAUGCAUCUUGUCAGCAACAGCGAUAUAGCAAUGAGAAUUCUUGAGAUAACCUCAAUGGGUGGUUUCGAUGCUGUGUGCCUCACGGGAGGAAGUGGUGACAGUAUUUCAAAGGACAUGUUGGGAUUUGAAGAAGCUCUUGUCUUCAAUCACCGGGCUCACAUGCUCGGUCUGGUCACACACGUAUCUGGUAUCAAGUUCGACAAAAUCAGACAGGCUGUGUUUGCCGGAGUAGACAUUAUCGGCAUAGCGGGAGGAACAGCGUUGAGGUUCAUGGACAGUGAGAGCGGCAUUCUCGGACCUCACAUGGAGGACGUCCAGAGGAUCCUGCAGAGCAGAGACGACGCUGCCAAGUCUGUCCGCGGAAGAGGCGCGCACCUCCUGGUCAGACUGGACACCAUGCUCUUCGAGGGAACCAUUAGCCAACAACAGAACAUUCUCAGAGAACAGUUAUUAAAAGCUCUAAAGUCGAAGCGCAAAGCCGAAAUAGAAAACCUACUUAAUGAACUCCAUGUCGUCUGCUGUGAAGCUACUACUUCCCGCCACGUUGUGGAGGGUACUGCAGGUCGUCUGUGCCGCGCUACGGCGCCAUUGCUGCAACAAUGCGCAGACAGUGCAACCGAGUGGCGGAUGUUCAUUGCCCGUCUCAGGCUGCUUCUACAUGCAAAAGACAAUCUUUAUUUAGUAGAGGAAUACGAGAGCGAGCCGUGGCUGACUUAUCGACGGAAAUACACUGACCAGCUUAAAGCAAUGGUACUGUAGGUUGUAGUUCCCGCGCCUGAACGCUCAUAACUUCAUCAUCAUCGUCCGCAGCACAGGACUUGUGCUGCUACAUCAUCAUCAUAAUCUUCAUCGUCGGUAUUGCACGUACAGCAUCGCCAAGACUUUGUGCUCGCUCCAUCAACACCAUUUCAUCGUCAUAAUCCUCAUCAGCGAUAGUGCUGCAUACAUCAGCAUCAUCAUCAUCAUCAUCAUCAUCAUUAGUGCUGCAUACACAUCAGCUCCAUCAUAAUCAUCAUAAUCCUCAUCAACGGUAGUGCUGCAUACACAUCAGCUCCAUCAUCAUCAUCAUCAUAAUCUUCAUCGUCGGUAGGUCCCACACAUCCGCGCCAUGUGCCAGUUACUGAGAUUUACCACAAAACGUCUUGCAAUGGUCGCGUUAGUCACAGGAACACGGGUAACCGUCAGUAUUAUUAAUAUUCAGCUUUAGCUUAUUUCGUUUAGUGAUCUAUGUUACAUAUCCCUUAUUCAUGUGCUAGUCAAGUAAAUAGAUGGCCAGUCGGCUCUCGGGUUGAUCUUGGGUAUUAAUCCAGCCCGCAUUUUCAACCCAUUCUGAAGGAAUGACGUUAGGGGCCGGCCUUUUGAUUAGGAGUGCGUGUUUGAGGGUGAGCCGCCAGACAUUAUGGUCACUAAUCAAUAGGAGUGUCUAAGGAGGGUGAUACAAUAUACACAUUUUGGGUGGAAAGACAUUUUAGAAUAAAAUAUAAGAUGUUUACAGUCUUUUCGGGGCGGGAUCUCCAAAUUAUGACACGAAUAAGGAGAGGAACAAUUUAAAUCAGCAUGUUAGUGAGUGAAAACCUGAGGCCCCACCCAUCCCGGUACACUAGACGGAUGCCUCUAGACACGUUAUACGUGAAGCUGCGUUAUACAAAUAUUCGUCUUAAUUGCCCACAGUGAAUUCAUCACAUUUAUCUACCUCAGUGUUCAUUGCAACCCAACGAAACAACCACAAGUUCGGUCUUUCCAACAAUGUGUGAAGCCCAUUUCUGUUGUCCUGUGAUAUUGCUGGAAUAUUGCUACAGGCGGCGUAAAAUUAUACUCACUCGGUCUUUCCAAAGUGUUGGGCGCUUUGUGUAAAUUGAUACGUCAGCAUUCUACGUUUCUGUCGCCUCGUAUUGCUAGUCUAGUGAAAUAUUGUCAUGGAUGCUGGUAUCCGUAUUUAACCAUUACUGCCUGUCAUCUGACGAAUAGAUUGUGUUGCUAGUUUAUAACAAUAGAGUUAAUGAAUCCUGUCCUAUAGCUCCGGACGACACGAGUCAUUAGAGGAAAAGGCGCCAUCCUAUAUACAUGUAUACAUCAUACCCAGGACGAAUGUCCCCGACUGAUAGCUAUAACCAUGGUCCAUGUAAAUAAUAUCGCUUUAUUUUUUAAGAAUUAGAAAAUAUAGGUGCAUGCAGGUUUAAGUGUGCCUGCUUGUAAUAUACUACCCAUCAACAAUUUAUACUCACUAGUGUAAAUGUAGCCACUUACUUCAGUCAACUGAUCUAAGCUAGAUUUUGCAAAAUAUUCCAUAGUC